CUGAUCCUGGAUCAGUUAAUUCAGCCAGUCUCUACCCCGAGCUGUCUCACGGAAUCACCCAUGCAUGCCUCUCCGCGCAUUUUAGAGAAAGUCCCCUUCCUUAGCAGUAAUCAAAGGGGAAGUGAGUAAACGCAAUAACUGUUAAUAAAACAAAGUUUUCCACAGAUGGCGUUAUCAGCUCGUCCGAGGCGAUGGUUCUUCACAGACAUGUCACCAUAAUUCCUUGGAGUAUUCAGCGCACUUCGGCCAAAAACUGGAUCAAAAAACACGAAUUUUUGGAUUGAAAAUGUCGGAUUGGAAUAUAAGAAAUGAAUACGUGUACAGCUUACCUCCAGCGAUUUUACAUGAAUUUAACAGAGUUAUGGACACCUUAUCCAGCACUGAGUGGGAGAGAUUCGCCUCCCGCGUGGUGAGGGACCAGAGUGAGCUGCGGCUGGCGGAGAGGAAGGAGAGGCGCACGGACUGGGUGAUGAACCUGUGGGGGAAUCGGAACGGGACCGUCGGGCAGCUGCUGAGCGUCCUGGAGGAGCUGCAGCUGUACAGGCCGAGAGACAUCAUCCUUAGCUGGGAGAGUGUUCACCGAUUGCGAGAGGCGCCUCGGCAGUGUCCCCCUGUCCAACCUCCUCAGUCUUUGUUUACCCCUCCCACUAAGCCAAGCUUGGACUGGAAUCAGGACACCACGCCCCUCCAAGCCAGAGUACCCAGGCCUCUGCCAAAACCCAGUCCUCCACCACAAGGUCUGAGGACAGAGGAGAGGGCAGAAGCCCCCACACUUCCACAGUCAGCAUGCCCGGCCUCUGGGAUGAGUGUCCACCAGCAAUCCUACGAUGCCAUGUGCUGGUCAUUCGAGGAGGUGCAGCGCGGGACGGACAAUUUCUCAGAGGCGCGGCAGAUUGGGGAGGGAGGGUUUGGACAGGUGUACCGCGCCACCAUGAGGAACACUGAAUACGCUGUCAAGAGGCUGAAACAGGACUCUCGGUUGAACUGGGCGCUGGUGAAGCAGAGCUUCAGGACGGAGGUGGAGAAGCUGUCAAAGUACCGACACCCGAACAUUGUGGACUUUGCUGGGUAUUGCGUCGGGGGCGGGGAGCACUGUCUGCUCUACGUCUUCAUGCCCAACGGGUCCCUGGAGGACCGGCUUCACUGCCAGAGCAGUGCUGCCCUCUCUUGGCCGCAGCGUGUAAGUGUUCUGCUGGGGUCAGCCAGGGCCAUCCAGUUCCUGCACUCCUGCUCUCCACAGCUCAUCCACGGAGAUGUGAAGAGCUCCAACAUCCUCCUAGGGGAGUAUCUGGAGCCCAAGCUGGGGGACUUUGGGCUGGCUCGCCUCUGCAACAGCACCAGCAGCAGAUCGCUGGGCAAGACCUCCACCAUGGCGCACACCAAGACACUACGAGGGACGCUGGCGUACCUGCCUGACGAGUACGUCCAGAAGGGAGAGCUGGGAGUGGGCAUUGAUACCUAUAGCUUUGGAGUGGUUUUGCUGGAAAUGCUGACUGGCAGGAGGGCCCUGGAAGUGGACAGUCAAUCCAGAGCUGUUUACCUGAAAGAUUUGGUGAAGGAAGCGGAGGAGGAGGAGGAGGGAAGAGGGCUGGACAGCGCAGUGUGUUCCCAGCACUCCCCAGCAGCUAUAUGCAUCUGGAAGAAUCACUUGGACCCGCGCGUCGUUCCGGCCGCCACACCUGCACCCCAGGGGUCCCUUGGGCUGUCCGCCCUGGCCUGCCGUUGUCUGGAUCGCAGGAAAAAGAAGAGGCCGCCUAUGACGGAGGUGUUUGAAAUCUUAGAGGACCUCCACUCGCGUCUCAAAGCCUCCAGCCUGGCCUCUCCCAGGACCGAGGAGCCCUCCAUCUCCCUCAGCCAGUCGCUCCCCUCCGCCACUCCCUCUCUCCCCCUCCACUACCUGGACUCCAUCACCCACGGCAUGUCAAAGCUGGGACCUCAGGAGGACACGUACUGCCCUCCGAACCCUGAUGACUCCCUGUCCCCCUCGGACACUCUGAGCUCGCAGGCACAGCCGUCCGGGAGCAGUUCCGGACCGUGGGGUCAGCGGUCCCCCUCCUCCCAGGUGCCCUGCGAAUCGGACGACAGCCGGGGGUACUCGCAGUACCUGUCCUCCCCGCAGUCUUCCUUCAGCCACCCCAGCGAGCUCCGGUCCUCGUCUCCGUCUCUGGACAGCCUGGCCAGGGGUGGCCGGUCACCCAGUGAGCCGAUGUCUGCGCCAGGUCAGGCCAGCGCUCACUCAGACAUGGGCGGUGAGAGGAUAGUUGUGAAUGCAGUCAAACAGCGUUUAGUCCAGAAGAUGGCGCUGUACAAAGAGGGCAGGAUCCCUAUCUCAGUUCUCCUCUCCUCUGACGGUGGUGAUGCGUACAGUCAAAGUCGCGAACCAGAGGAGAGCGAGUUUGAGGAUACUUCUGCAGAGACCAAUGGGGCCAGCCAGUACAAAUCCAAUUAAACACACAAACACAUGAAACACAAAUCACAGUGUACAUCUACAAGCAUUCCUAAAUAUAGAGGCAUAGAUGCUCUUUGAUAUAAAAUUACAUCCUAAUGACAUUUUCAAAGAUAAAAUUAUUAGGUUAAAUGUUAUGUAGGUAUCAUAGGAGAGAUAAGAGAGACACACUUGCCAAGUAAAAAAGGCAUUAAGUACAACAAGACUGGUGGAAAAAUCUUUUCUGAGUUGCUGAAACGGUUCACAAACACAACAUGAAAUCAAAGUUCUCAAAACCAGAUUAAUGUUUACAGAUAGUUGUUUUUUUUUCAAGCCUUAUCAAAUGAGUGGAAGUUAUAUUUCACGUCAUGGUGUUAUUUUGCAUAAUGUGUUGCAUUGGCAAACAAAUGGGGUACUUCUACACUGAAACUACUUUGACAUGUCCCACACUGCAUCUCUUUGUGUCAUUUCAUACCCACAUCAAUACAGAUCCACACUUCUGACAGACUAACCAUUAGUGUGGAGCAGCCGUUAAGAGUCUCUGCAUUCCAACAUGCGAGAGACUAUGCAGCUAUUCACUUUUUGUAUAAAUAUUACACAGGUUGAAAUUAAAUUGCAUUAUUUAUUUUACUUUGUAUGUUUCUAGGGUGACUUUCAUUCAUUGCAUUUUGUAGACAGUAUUUCUGGGCUUGGGCGUAUUUGGAUAUUUAUUUCUAAAGUACACCUUUCCCUUAAACAAGCCUACCAAAGAUAAAUGUAUCUGUUUAGCUGAUUACAGUGAGGUCUACCAUAAUGAAUAAUGAUUUCCUCUCACUUCAGCAAUUUAGUUAUGGGUGUUAUGAAAGGUUACGCAAUUGCUCGUUCAUGGAAAUCAAAUGAAAACCCAGUUAAAUGUUUAUGCUGCCGGUCCUUUAAAGGACAUUGACAUGUAAUUUUUCACUCCUUUUUCCAAAAACAGAGACACUGUUCAUAAUCAAAUUUCAGCAGUCUUAUUUUAGGAAACAUCAAUAAGAAUAAAAUACACAGAAAGCUGGAAGAGAAAUGUCCAUCAAAAUCCUCCUGACCAGAGUGUCCAUUCAUGUUGCUGAAGCAGUUCAAGGUAAAUGCUUUGCUCAAGUGCACGACAGCAGGGCCACACCUAGAGUGGAAAUCUGUAACCCCCUUCUCUUACGUCCAACUCCCUGACCACAACAUUCCUCUGUCUCCCUAACAGAUAUCAGCAAUACCUUUGAGGCUGCUUAGCAGAGUGUCAGAUUACAUUUUAGUUGUGUGUGCAUGUAAUCAUUUUCAAAAAAAAAAAAAAACUUUGAUAAUGUGGUCCUUUCUAUUUUGGAGGGGGGGGGGCAGCUCUGAGGACUUAUUACCGGGCUAUGUGAAGGAGGAAACCUUCAUAGCAUGUGAACAGACUGCAACAUGGAAAAUCUAAAAACUGAUUUGUUGGCCAUUUUGAAGAAGAAAAAAAAAUAACAACUGUCAGGACUAACAUUUCUGAAUGAACCCACAUCUGUAUAUACCAUUUACAAUGUAACCAAGAAGCAAUGUUUUUUCUUUUCUUUUUUUUUACUUCAGCAUCUUUUAAUUUAUUGGAAAAUGUAAGUCUGAUAGCUUUACGGUUUUACAAAUCAACGUAUAUCAUCAGUUUGUAAAAUACUUUUAUUCGCACAUGUCUGUGUCACUUUUGUAAUUUGAGGCACAUUAGGGUUCAUUUCACAGUUAGUAAUGAUUGUGUUGGCACUGGUUAGCUCUGUCGUUUUCUCUUUCCUGUAAAGAGAAGGGGUGAUCAAACUGAAUACAAAGUAGGUACUGAGCUGUCUGGAAAUCCCCAUAUUUUGCAAAAAAAAAAAAAAAAAGGUUACUGCCACCAGUGCACUUCAACUGAGAGACCUGCGACAAAUCUCAAAGAAAAGUCAAGGUCACCAAAGCUCAGCUUUCCAUUGUAAUCAACAGUUUACUGUCAAAACUACAUUGGCUGUAUAGCUGUAUCAGGGCAUAUUUAUAUUUUAUUGAAUUUUGUGUUUUUAUGCAUUUGUAAUGACUGGAAAUGGUCAAAAUGGAAAUUGGAAAUGAUUGGAAAAUUGGAAAUUCUGUCCAUAAAUUAUUUUUGCAGGGUACUGUGUGUUGACCAUAGUGAUCAAUGUUGAAAAAUGGUUAAUGUGAGUAUGACCAGAAUGCCAGAAUAAAUUUCCUGUGAUUGGUACACAAGAG